AGAGCUGAUACCACAGCCGCGCAGCAGAAAACACCAAAACACCGAACAAAGAAGGACCUCAUCCCGGACCUUCAAGUGUUCAAAGACUUGGACCAACGUGCAGUUCAGGCGCCCGAGGGCCAUGCCUCCAUCAAAGACCUCGUCCUCUACCUAAUCCAGACCGCCAAAACUCCGCUGGAAAAAGCGCGGGUCCUGUUCCGUUGGGUGACGUCACACAUCCAGUAUGACGUAGUGUCUUACGUCACCGGCCGCAGUGGUUCCAAAGACGUCACACCAGGAGGCGUGUUCAAGACAAGAAUGUCAGUAUGUCAGGGCUACGCGGAUUUGUACAACGAGAUGUGCAGAUUGGCUGAAGUAGAGUGUGUGACCAUCAGCGGCCGUUCAAAAGGUGGGUCUUACAGGGUAGGCCAAAAAUUCGGCCCCGGUUCAGACCAUGCGUGGAACGCAGUGAAGAUAGAGGGAAGAUGGUACCUGCUCGACUGCACCUGGGCCGCCGGAAACGGUGAUCUUCAAAAAAGAACCUUUGAGUUUAAGUAUAACGAGCAUUACUUUUUCACUGACCCGGAAGUGUUCGUUACGAACCACCAUCCAACGGACAACAAAUGGCAACUGUUAGAAAAGCCAAGCACCUAA